AUGGCGUCUGCUGUGCCGUAUGAUCCAUACGAAGAUAUAGACAAUAAUCCAUUUUCCGAGCCGCAGGAGACUGGAGUUGAUGUACAAGCAUCUCCUGUUGAAGAACAAGAAUCAAACGAAGAAGAAAGUACCACCAAAGCCACCAAUGAAGAUGCACAGAAGCCAGCCGAGGAAACAGGCAUUGAGCUUCUCCCGGAACGCAAGUCGAAAAAGCACCAACUGGUUGUGAAGGUCACAGGUCUCGAGCGUAUCGGUACUUUUACAAAUAAAAAGGAGAAUCCUACUCUCAAAUUCGAUAUUUCAACAAAUCUGCCCACGUUUCGCAAACCGCAGCAUCGAAAUAUCAAAAAGACGAUGACAGAAUUCCAAAACUUGUUUACAUUCCUGAACGGAUCGAUACCGGAGACUUUUGUUCCUGCACUACCCUUAUCGAGUACUAAUUACGGGAUCAGCAAUUCCGAAGACUACCAUAAGACUAUCAAAAACUUUCAAGACUGGUUUGACCGCAUUACAGCAGACCCUUUGAUACUUCGAAGUGAGGAACUGGCCUUUUUUGCUGAGAGUGAUUUCAACACGUACACUCCGGUCGGCAAAUUGAAGUCACCGGUUUCUGGCUUGAAAAGAAAAACACUCAAACAGCUGGCACCUCCUUUUGAUGAAUGUCUCGAGCUCGCGGAAUUUCGUCCGUUAGUCAAAUCUAUUCAUCAUCUUAGCCAGGACAUUCAGACCAAACUGCUCAAACUUUGCAAACUUCGCAAAGCCCUUUCACAGGAUGAAAGCGCUAUCGGUCAAAGCUUCAAGGACUUGUCACAAGACUCUUCUCAGCCAAAAUCCCAUAGCAAAUUCUACACCAAAUUUGGCAAAACCUUGACUGCCGUGGGCGAUAUCGACAGCGUGAUGGCGACGCUGGAUAUAGCCACUUUAUAUGAUGGUUUGGACUGGAUCACACACGAGACCUACAUGGUUAAGGAGUCAUUGACCAACCGACAUUUUUUGAUGAGAGACUUGCUGCAAGCACAGCAAACGACUAAAGCUCGCCAAGAACAAGCUCGCAAGCUACGCGCUAAGAGAGAUGUAUCUCCUCUCAAAGUAGACGAGGCAAUUCGGGCACUUAAGUUGGCGACCACCACGGAACAUGAGGUGACUUUGAAGCUUCGUCGCAUUACGGCAAAUAUGUUGUUACAGAAAAAAGACUGGCUAGAAUGGUACGACCGCUUUUUGAUGGAUAGUAUCAAAGACUACACUCUGAGAAAAAUAGAAUAUGAACGGAAAAAACUGACUUUGUUGGAGCGUAUACGCAGUGAUGUGCGAGCGAUUGAUGAGAGCGGUGGGCUUUCACGGCUAGGUCGUGGUGCAGUUGGAAGAGAGGGAAGUUCUGCGAUUAGGCCCUCUCAAAGCGCCCAAGGCGAUAGUUGGACCAGCGAUCGGAGAUCUAGGGUAUUUGAGCCUUCAGUGUUGAAGACGGAGUUUGAUGCUUCCUUGGAAGUUGAAGGAGAAGCCGACGCGGCCGGGGAGGAUCAAUACACGCUAGACGCUAGAAGCGCAGCUCAUUUGCUGGGAACAAGUAGUUUUUAA